GUGGCUCACCAAAUUGUUGGCUUGACCAAAAUGAUAAUAAAACUGUUAUAGUAAAAGUGCUUCCUAGUACUUUUAAUGAACCUAAUAGUCUUUAUUACGUGGUAAUCGAGAAUAAUUUUGUAAAACGUAGUAAUUCAGAAGAAGCUCUUUUGGGUAUUGAUAAAAAUUUGUGGACUCUAUUCACAGGAAAUAAAAAAUAUGUUUAUUCGAGUAAAAUAACAGGCAUCAUUCGUCUAACACCUGAUGGUUCUAAUUAUUAUCUUUCUCUUAAUUCUUCUGAUCAACAAAAAUUUCACCAACAAAUGGCCGAUGACCUCUCUUAUAUAAUUCCU